CGCCCUCCUCGUACUUUCUCUCUGUCUCUCUCUCCCCUUCAAAAAUUGCUCAUUUUUCUGUCCUUUUUCCACUCUCUCUUUUCGGGAUUCGAGAGAGAGGGUGUGAGCGGCGAUAAAUCCCCUCCAAGCCCCAGUCGAUGGAGUUCCGGCUGUAGCUCGAUUCCUCUCCUUCUUGGGAUCGGAAUUUCGAGUUGCAGAUCGCACCAGAUCGAGUGGAGUGAGACGACUCGUCGAGAGUACUGAGAAUGGAUACAGUUGAUGAGAAUCAUCUGGGCAUGACCAAACCUGCUAAUUUCCAAGACAUGGGAAAUCGUCGAGCAUUGAGGGAUAUCAGGAAUUUGGUUGGCGCUCCCCCGUAUCCUCGUCAAGUUGGCAAGAGGGGAUUGACAGAAUUUCUGACGUCUUCCAGCAAGAACAGAAUAGAUGAUAAGAAUUUAACCUUUGAGGGCCGACGGCCAAUCACUAGGAAAUUUUCUGCUUCCCUGGCAAACAAAUCACAGCUUUAUCAUCAGGAAACUGGCGGUGGGCAUGAGCUUGUAGGGAUUGACAGACAGAAAAAACCAGCCCCAUCCGUCCUUAGUUUGAAUAGUUUGGGUACUUGUACUGCUGCCAGAGAUGUGGAUGACCAUAAGUCGGUCAAUGAGCUGCCAUUGCCUAUGGUUGUGGAAACAGAAGAAAUGGAUAACUCUGAUCUCAAGGAGGUUGAAAUGGAGGAUCUUGUAUUAAUUCCAGAUAUCGACAGCUGCGACUCUAAGAAUCCACUUGCGGUUGUGGAUUAUGUGGAAGACAUAUAUAACUUCUACAGACAAACUGAGAUUGCAGGAUGCGUCAACCCUAAUUACAUGUCAAACCAGUUUGACAUCAAUGAAAAGAUGCGAGCUAUCCUCAUUGACUGGCUGAUAGAGGUGCACUACAAAUUUGAGCUAAUGAAUCAGACGCUCUUUCUCACGGUAAACAUUAUAGACAGAUUCUUAGCAAAGCAGACAGUAAAUAGGAAGAAGCUUCAGUUGGUUGGCGUCACAGCCAUGCUUCUUGCUUGUAAGUAUGAGGAAGUCUCAGUUCCAGUUGUGGAAGAUCUGAUCCUAAUUUCUGAUCGAGCUUACACGAGGGAAGAAGUUCUUCAAAUGGAAAGUUUGAUGGUCGACACCUUGCAGUUCAACAUGUCUGUACCAACUCCUUAUGUUUUUAUGCGAAGGUUUCUUAAAGCAGCUCAGUCUGAUAAGCAGCUGGAAUUCCUUUCCUUUUUCAUCAUUGAGCUCGGUCUAGUUGAGUACCAAAUGCUCAAGUUCCGCCCUUCGUUGCUAGCUGCUGCUGCGGUCUUCACUGCUCAUUGUACUCUUAAAGGGUUCAAGCAUUGGUCUAGGACUAGUGAGCUACAUACUAGCUAUUCAGAAGAUCAGCUUCUUGAGUGCUCUAGGUUAAUGGUGGAUUUCCACCAGAAGGCUGGAAAUGGAAAGCUCACUGGGGUACACAGAAAAUAUAGUACUUUCAAGUUUGGAUAUGCUGCAAAAGCUGAACCAGCACUCUUUCUGUUGGACUCGAGAUCAUAGUAUCAGCUUGCAGGGUUACUUGAUGAUGCAUUUCUUAACUUUCUGUCAAAAAAAUGGUGCAACAGAAGUUGCAGAAGCUGGGGAAAUUAGGUUCUUCUAAUGGUUACUGGACAAUGAUCUUACUUGACAACUCUAUCAGGUUUUUCAAAUUUAAUGUUCAAAUUUGUAAAAAUGCCGCUGCCAAUCGGAAAAUAAUAGAUUAAUUGGCUUCUGCAU